UUGUUAGCGGCUGGACCGCGGCGAAUUGUGAAUAUCGGUACUGACCCUGAAGAAAGUUAUCCUAGUGCAGUUAUACGGCGAAGAAAUCAGAGACCUAAAACGAAUCUUCGUUCUAUUAGCUUGGUUUGUGACGUCAAUGAUGAAUUACUUUCUAUUUUAAAUAAUCGUCGCCUGAAAGUGGAAGAGCAGUGUAACAACGGACAAAAUAAUAUAUUAGGAAGGGAGAAAAUAAAUGUAAGCAACGAUCCUAAAACUUUUCCGUCGAUCGCUUCGAGAAUAAAGACGAUGGAAGAGGCACUUACUAAGGAUAAUAUACCACAAGAACAAGCUUCAACGAAACAAAGAAAUCGAGACAAGGAACGUUUCAAAACGCAACCUAUUACAAUCGAUGAAAUGAGAUCUGUCGCAUCCAGUUUGGAGCCGGGCCAAGCGAAUUUCCAAGCGUUCGGCAUUGCGGGCUGUAGUUUUCCGACCCAUUCCGUCGGGACUGGUGCGUCUGUCUCCUCCAGGGGUCUCUUUUCAGAGGAGCCCGAAAGAGAUCCUUACGCAGAACUUGAAUCAACUUCUUACGAUUCUAGUCCAUCUAACGCUAAGUUACCGCUCACAGAGGAUUACGGUGAAGCAACUUUCUUAGAUUUGGAGAAGUUCAGUGCUAAUGGUGAAACAAAACACUCUACUCUAGACGAAAUAGAGCAAGAGGUAAACAAAGUGCGUGUAGCUCUGGAUGAGGAUUGUCGCGCCUUGGAUGAAGACGAAAGCAAUCAAGCCGAGGCUGACAAUUGGAGUUUAAACGUCUCUUGUGAUAGCGGCGUCUACAAUCGUGCGUCUUCCCGCGACUCCGGGCCGCAUUCUGGCGAGGAGUUGGGCUUGAUUGAGAGUCAAGAAAUUAGUGAAAACCACGCCACUAACAGCACCAACGACUGGUCUUCGACAUCUAUGGAAGAAGGUCUAUUCAAGAUGGAACGCAUACGAAAAUCAACUGAAAACGAAGCGCUUCAAACUCCUGAUGAUAAUGGGAGCGAUGACGAAAACAAUGAUCAUUCUCAUUUCGCACUCGGCUUAGUGAAAAGCAACAGUGUCGUUGCUCGAGCAAGCAUGUGGCAACAGUUACAACAGCAAGCUAAAGGUACACCAAAGCCGCUUCUUCGUCACAGUCGCUCCAAAGUGAAGGAGGGUCCAUCGAUGACGGAGAGCUUUAAACCACAGGAAAUUAACACCGUUCCGCAAGAAACCCCACUUGCCCCAUCUAAAAGCACAGCAAAUGUCUUAGAUAGAGAUGAAGAUGCUAAGUUAGAUGAGGAUGAUCCGGCUAAGAUGUCGCUGGCUGAGAAAAUGAAAAUGUUCAACACCAAACUGACGCAUAAGCCGCCGGUAGCGGGGCUGAGACCGAAGGAAGAUAGAGUACCGAGGGCAUCGAGACUCAGAACUAUGCCGGUACUAGCGAGUCAAGUGCAAGAAGCUAUGGAACAAAACGAAAGACUCACGAAAUCUCUAACACACGAAGAUGUCCCAAGGAACAAUGACUUCCAACUGAAAAUGGAACUUUUCCGAUCGGCGAGUGCAAAAAACACGUCAUUAGAGUAUCUCAUGAGGCAGAACUCGAAGUUUAGAAGCUUAGACCUCGAUGACGACUCGCCAUUGGAGCGAGCUCAAAGAAUGAUAACACCAGAAGUAAGAGGUAUACUGAAGUCGGGAUCCACGGUUGUACCUUCGAAGCCGAAAAUUUUGGCGAAAGGAGAAAGUUCUGAGGGUCUGAAGGACGAAGGAAUAGACAGUUCCUCGGACGAAGAAUCCGCAUCAGCAUCCAGUGUUUCAUCUUCAGAGAAAAGCUGUUCAUCAUCAGGCAGUUCAGACGAGAUGCCAGGACCGAAAAGAAGGUUCCAACGGAAGAACAACAAGCUGAAGUCAUCACGAACUGAUUCAGACCUCACGAAACUCCAAGACCCAUAUCCUCGCAAAAUCCAACUGCCGUGCGCCAGUGAACUAAAAGAACGUAUAGCGCAAGCCAAAAAUCCAGAUGUAAAAAUACCAUUGCUAGGAAAACUCGGCAAGAAACCAUCAGAAGACGCGAACGUAGAAGAUGAUAAGAUGAGAUACAGAAGAUUCGUUAAGAAACUCGAUGAGCCUCUACAACUGGGCAAGCUUAGGCGGCCGAUGGAAAAGACGUCGUCACUGGAAGAAAAACCGCCCGUGUUGAAGAUAACGGCGUUAAAUCAAGCUGCAAAAAACAAAUUCUUUGGCGUCGAAGACAAGAAAGAAAAGAGUCUCGAUGAAUUGACGGCUGUGGUCAGGAAAUAUAUCCCGGUGAAGUCAGUAUCUCGUCAUAGUAUGGAGGGCGGGUCGGGUAGUGACGGGGAGAGCAGCGGCGGCCGGGAGGUGCGACAUAUUAACACUAGGAGACAGAGGUUCGCUGGUGGAGUACAACGUAGCGCCACACAUGCAGACAUGCCUAACAGAGGGGGCACCAUCGCUGAGAGAUUGGCGGCUCUACAGGCAGCUGGGGCGAACGACUGGCGCUCCAGAGUGUGUCGAUUGAGCCCCGAGCGAGAUGACUCCAAGGCGAUAGAACGCGUCAAGAAUAAGAUUAACGAGUCUUUAAACGCAGCUGUAGACGAAAAGAAGAAAGUUCAAAUAGAUGAAAACGAAUUGGGAAAUAACAUCUUAGCUGAUAGAAGGAACAAAUUGGAAACAGCCGCUCAGGGAUGGCGGAAGCGUGUUCCACAGAACGAUGCGUCACUGUUCACAGUCGCUGGUCGUUUAGAGCGGGACAAAGUGAACACAACCACGCCACCACUGACGCCGCCGCCCGCUACCACUCCGCCUGUGGCCACACCCGCUAUCACACCGGCCAUACCACAACCUAAUAGAUUCAGAUCUCGUAAAGCUCCAACAUCCCCUACCAAUGGCUUCGCAUCAGGUCCGCUCCGAUCGGCGUCGUGUGCUGUGAUGAGCGCCGCUGAAAAACCAAAGGAAACGCCGAAGAUUGAUAGGGAAUCGUUCAAACGAAGUCAUUCCGUCAGCGAGAGUAUCAGUCGAGUUGAUGAAAAUGAAGAAUCAAUAGGUGUGGAGAAGAAAGGUUGUUCUGUGAUAGUGCCUCGAGCAGAUGAUGAGACCUUCCAAGCGUUCUUCACGCCCGCUCUACAACAACUAGACAAAACAUCCGCGGCCGAUGUAGACAUUGAUCUAGAUGCUAUUGAUAGCGCCUCUAGGCAAAUUUUAUCCAACGAGUGGGCCCGUCGCGCCAAGCGUGAGCGUCGUCACGUGUCCCGCAACCCGCUGCGAGCGCUGGCCGCCAGGACCGACCUGAGGCAGGAGUACCUCGCGCAACCUCCCGCAACCAACAAACAGGCAACCAAGGAGAAAGUGAUAGCUAACUGCGGAUUGGCAGCCGAAGCGUUGGCAGCACUCGCCACUAAAGAAGACUUCUCAAACGUUGCGUUGAGGAGCGCGUCGGCUAAUAAUAUACCGAGUCAAGGAACGAAAUCUGUUAUGAUGAUGCACGUUAAAGGAAGAAGACGGCUGCAGACUCGUCUCGUUGAACCCGUUCAUACAAACGUGAACCGAGGUGAUUGUUUCGUCCUCGUCACUAGUGACCAGCUGUUCCUCUAUAUCGGACUAUAUGCCAACGUUAUUGAAAGAAAUCGCAGCACAGACAUCGCACAACACAUAUACAAUACAAAGGAUCUGGGAUGUAAAAACGCGACUGGAGUUAUAAAGAUAGACGAACAAACAAAGAACUACUCAAACAAACAUUGGAACCAGUUCUGGUCGCUCCUCGGCGUCACAGAUGGUAUAGAGGAUUACAGGCCAGCGGAAACUGGUUUACCAGACGAAGACGAAAUAUACGAGUCUUGUGUCAUACAGACUAACAUGUGCUACGAAGUCAUAGACGAUGAACUGGUGCCGAUCAAGGAAUACUGGGGACAAGUACCGAAGAUAGCCAUGUUACACCAAUCAAAAGUCAUAGUGUUCGACUUCGGCUCGGAAAUGUAUAUAUGGUACGGCAAGAACGUGCCUCUGGAAAGUAGAAGACGAGCCGCGCAACUAGCACAGGAACUAUUCGAUGAAGGUUAUAACUACGAGGAAUGUCAUAUAAAUCCGAUAAACGCGGCCGCUUACCAAGGACUCAGAAAUGAUAUGCCAUCGAACAUCAAAUCUGAUAAAAUUAGACCGGAAUGGACGAUUCUAUCGAAAGUCACACAACACAUGGAAACCAUAUUGUUCAAAGAGAAAUUCCUCGACUGGCCGGACUACAGUCGGGUUAUAAAAGUUAAAACUCAAGAGAAUAAAUCUAACAGCGUAGAAAUCAAUCCGUGCGAUGCCGAGGAAAUGUGGUCCAACGAAUACCAAGACCCAGAUCUCAUUUUGGAAGGGUCCCACAUCGGCCGCGGCACACAUUACUACGAUAAAGAUACGAUGCGACAUUAUGAUAUUAAAACCAAAUCUGUAUGCAAAUGGGUCAUACAGGAAUAUGAUUACCAGGAGGUUAAAAAUGAGUCUGAAAUCGGGGAAUUCUUCUCGGGAGAUAGUUACAUCAUAAGAUGGGAAUACCAGAUAACGGUGACGGGUAGAGAGUUGAAUGGGAAACCGUCAAAGCACAAUUUAACUGGUAGGGAAAGAUGCGCUUACUUCUGUUGGCAAGGCAAAGACGCAUCCUCUAAUGAAAAAGGUGCAGCCGCUUUGUUGACGGUCGAACUAGACAGAGAGAAGGGUCCCCAAAUUAGAGUGGCCCAGGGCAAUGAACCGCCGGCGUUCUUGAACCUGUUCCAAGGAAACUUAGUCAUCCAUCAAGGCAAGAAAGGGACGGAUAAGAGCCGCUUCCGGUUAUACGGAACGAGAGGAAACGUUUUAAACGAGGCGUAUCUAUUACAAGUUCCGUGUUCCGUCAGACAACUCCGCAGUCGAGGUUCCCUAAUAUUAGUCGACACUGAGAAAUCCUGCGUAUACAUAUGGCACGGCGCGCGCAGUAUGAAGCACACACAACAGAUAGCCAUCGAAUUAGCCAAUAAGCUGGUUGCUCAAAAGUGUCAUAUAUUUAGCAGCUCCGAUAUAAAAGUGAGUUCAGUUAAGGAGGGGGAGGAGAGUAAGGAGUUCCUCGAUGGUCUAGGAGUCACCAGUAAACAGUACUACAAUUCAGUUCUAAGCGGGAGAGACGUCGGCUCGGAUGUGACUCCUAGACUAUUCCACUUCACGGACCUUGGUGGUCAGUUUGAGGCGCACGAGGUGUUGUCACCGCUAAGACACGAGACACUAGUGACACCCUUCCCUUUUGAACAAAAGGAGUUGUAUUCCGCUUCACAACCUGCCUUGUUCCUGAUGGAUGACGGUGUGUGCGUGUGGCUGUGGCAAGGAUGGUGGCCGAAAGGAGAGGACGGGGAGUACGAGCCCGAGAGAAACACAGGUGUGGGAGCUUUCGCCGCUCGCUGGCAGGCCAUGCGGGUGGCUGCUCUACGUACAGCCGAGGAGUACUGGCGCGUGUCCCGCGGGUCCAGGCCUGAUGUACGAGUGGUGGCCGCGGGCCUUGAACCUCAGGCCUUCACGGACCUGUUCGACACAUGGACGGAUCACGACGAGGCCGCUGACGCUAAUAUUGCUCACGGGUACAAGGCGGGUGAGUGCGUGUCGGGCUCGGUGGAGUUGUCGCGGCUGUCUAGUUGUGACGCUGUACUGCCUCUCGCCGCACUACAGAGACGACCGCUACCCGACCACGUGGACCCUCACCACCUAGAGAGACACCUGUCCUCGCCUGACUUCCUGGAGGCUUUUGGAAUGACCAAAGAAGAAUUUUCAGUGUUACCAGCUUGGAAACAGACGAAUAUGAAGAAAGAUGUGGGGCUGUUCUGA